GGUUGUCGGUCGUUUCGGUUCGAUACGGUUCGAUACGGUUCGGUACGGCUCGAAUCGGUAUCGGUUUCGUCGAGAGUGUUCGUUGAACGCGGCCUUCUCGGCGAUGUGACCGGUUCUGCAGCGCGAGUGACGUGCGCCCACCGUUAUCUUUAAAACAUCGUUUAAACGCGUUUUUCGAAAACGACCCGCGCGUCGUCGCAGCCGCAAACCGCGCGCGGAACGUGCGAAACCACGGGUCCCUCCGCGAGUGCGACGCGUACGUGAUAUAACACAAGCCAACCCCGUGGACGGUGUAACGGUCACGGAAGGAUAAUAGAGAAAACGGCGAGUCGGAGAGGUGUGCCCUCGCCUCGAUAAUACCCGGGAGCAGUGUGUCGGCGAUUCGUAUAUAUCUCUCUCUCUCGCGUCGGUUCUCGGGUGUCUCGGGUCCAGUGCGCGUUCGAACAAGGUCGCGACCGACCACCGUCCCCGUUAUUCCGUCGGCUCGGAUCUCGGACCGGCGGCGGGCCGGUCUCUCUCUCUCCCGAUCGAUUUAUUAACCUGCCAGGCGCCGCGGAAAAAAGAAACGAAGGGGAACAGCGGCGGAAUCAUUCUCGCGGGAGAGCGCGUGGCGAUACGCGCGGUGUGUUAGGGAUUCGCGUGGGCAGUGAUCGGUAGCUAAAUCGUCGUCGAAGUGCGAGAGAAUUCCGAAAGUGAAGGUUAUACGCGCGUCGGGGAGAGCCGGGAGUUGUGUUCGCGGCGGUAGAAAACCGUAGGUGAAAAGGAAACGAGAGUGGCAUCGGGCUAUAGAGAAAAGGGGGAGAGAGAGAGAGAGAGAGAUAGAAAGAAAGAAAGAUAAAAAUAAAGAGAGAGAGAGAAUUAGGGAGAAAGGAACAACGAGAGGAAAAAAGGAAGAGCGAGUGUUCGCGGCAACGGGAUCGAGGACGAGCAAGAGAGGAAGGCCAGGGAAACAUGUCGAGGCUGCUGAAAGGCGAGCCGACCGCCGGUUAUGCCAUUGACUCUGACGCGGAUCGCCGAAUGUAUUAGCCCGCGUCGACCGAUGACGCGUCCCGCCGUCUAAUCCCGAGGAGAGGCGGAAAACACGGCGCCGGAGGAGGCCGGAGGAACACCGAGCGACGGGCAUCGGGCCGAACCACGCGACACCGGAAGUGCGCCGAGCGACGGACGUCGAGCUUCUGUCGCGAUCAUCCUAGCCGUAGAGAAGAGAAGCAGGCCGGCCGUCGCGCCUUCCACUGCCCACCGGAAGUCAUAUGCCCAUACACGCGCGGAAAACGCGUGCAGCUUGCGAGGAAAUCGAAAUGGUGGAGCUGUGCGGCAGCGGACAACCGACUUCGGCGAUGGGAGUGAUGGGCCUCGGCUCGGUGGUGUCGGCGGCGACGUCGUCCUCGUCCUCGUCGACGACGACCACGGCCGCGUCGUCGGCGUCGGGUCGGGCCGGGGUCCUCGAGACCCAGGUCCGCGGCCAGUGGUACCGCGUGUUCGUCUCCCUGGAGGACGACUACCUGAGCAUCUCGUUGGACGAGAGCUGCGAGACCGGGAACAACGGAUUGAACAACGGGAACAUCAACAACAACAACGUCGACAGCCUGAACGAUCCGGACGUGCCGGACUCUGUCGCGAAUCAGAAGCGUAUCGUGCGCGUGGUUAAAAGCGACAACAACGGCCUCGGGAUCUCGAUCAAAGGCGGCAAGGAGAACAAGAUGCCGAUCCUGAUCUCGAAGAUAUUCAAGGGGAUGGCGGCCGACGCCACCGAGCAGCUCUACGUCGGCGACGCGAUCCUCGCGGUGAACGGAGAGGAUUUGCGCGAGGCGACCCACGACGAGGCGGUGAAGGCGCUCAAGAGGGCCGGGAAGGUCGUUGAACUCGAAGUGAAAUAUCUGAGGGAGGUGACGCCGUACUUCAGGAAGGCUUCGAUCAUCCAGGAAGUCGGCUGGGAGCUGCAGCGCGGCUUUCUCAGCGCGACGCCCCCGCCGCCGAAGUCACCACCGCGAGCGGAUACUCGUUAUCUGCCGCUGCAACUCUGCAGACUCACCAGGGCUCAUCCUUCCUCCGAUCCCGAGGGCCGUAUCCUAGAGCUGCACUCUCCGGACGGCGUUCACGAAUGCUGGCUGAGAGCAGCGGACAACGCAGAGGCGAACGUGUGGUUCAACGCGUUGCACUCGGCUCUGGCCGCCCUGACGCUGAAGGCGUUGCGAUUGGCCUCCGCACUUCCGGACCCGCCGCAGCUACAGCACAUCGGCUGGCUCGCGAGGAGGCACUGUCUUCAGAACGGCCGAGCCAGUAGCGAGAGCAGCGAGGACGGCGCAGGGAGCAGCGCGAGCACUUCCAGAGGAGCCGGCAGCGGAUUCGGGCUCGGCGGCGGAUGCACCGGCGGAUGGCGCAGCGUCUUCGGCGCGGUUUCCGGCAGGGAACUUAGGCUCUACGAGUGCGCCCCUUGGAGCCCCGAGGCUUGGGCCUCGCCCAGCAUCACUUGCCCUUUGAUAGCCACCAGACUAGUCUCGUCGCCGCCGAGGCAAAACGAGGCGGGCAGCAGCAGCAGCAGCAGCGCGGCGCAGCACGCGGCGACGUUCGCGGUGCGUGUGGGCACGAUCGACGGCGUGGUCACGCAUCAUCUGCGCGCGGAGACGCGAAGGGACCUAGCCGCGUGGGCCAGGGCGAUCGUUCAGGGCUGUCACGCGGCCGCCCACUCGUUACGCGAGUACACCGUUCGCUGCACGUGGCAGGGGAAGGCCUGCCAGCUGGUAGUGAACCACGAGGACGGUUUCGCGUUGUUCGCGGCGGGGACCAGGGGCGUGGGUGGCAACGGGGUGAGUCCAGGCUCUCCCCCGGCCCCAUUAUGGAGAAGAUCGUUCGACAAACUGAAAAUGUCCGCCGACGACGGGGCGCGUCUCCUGUGGCUCGACUUUGGCGGCGAAGAUGGCGAAAUUGAGCUGGACCUCGAGAGCUGUCCGAAGCCGAUCGUGUUCGUGCUGCACAACUUCCUGUCCGCGAAGAUCCACCGCCUCGGCCUGAGCGCAUAGGGGUACGAGGGGGCCCCGACGGAGGCCCCCGACCUGCCGCCCCACACCACGAGGUCCGUGACCAGCGUGUUCCUCCACUGAGACCGAGAGACCGGUGCAGCCGAGGAAGCAGCAACGAAACCGGACCAUCCUGAACAACAACAGCAGCAGCAUCAACAACAACAUCAUCGUCAACAACAAGAAUAACAAGAACAAGAACAACAACAACAACAACAAUAACCGAAAGUGGGGAGGUGGAAGAAGACGAGGAGAAGGGGGACGAAGAGGAAGUAGAAGAGAGGAAGCAAGCGAAGCGAAGAAGCGCGAGAGGAGAGAUGAAAGAGGAUGAACGACGGACCAGGAAGAGCGACCGAGCGUCCGCCGGAAGUGACGGGUUCCCCGGCGGGCCCGAGACUCGUCCGCGUCUCUAACCAGACCUUCUUCGAGGCUGUUGGUGAAGUGGGCCGAUCGGGACGGCGGUGUUUUUUUGCUCGGCCGCGAGCCACGAGCAUGAACAAUCGCGAGCGUGAACUAUCGGCGACGCGACCAUUCGCGAGCCAGGCGAGACGUUCGCCUGCUAACUAGAAACGAUUCUAUCGAAAGAAAGUAUACCCCGGGCGACGAUCAACGUCGACGCGAUGAUCCACCGCGUCGACUCGAAGCCAUCCAGCCGCGCGCGAUUAUCAGAGAACGAGGGGGGAGAGAGGGAGAAAGAGAGGAAGAAAGAGAGAGCAGACCUCAGACCUGGCGAUCCAGACGGGGGCAAAAGUCGUACACUAAUCAACGCGCCUAAGUAACCAAUUAAAACUAUACUACCUAACGCUAAGUAUGAGUAACAGGGGUGGGGGGGACCGACCAGCCGGAACGGAGAGGAUCUUCUGGCCCGGCGACGAUGAUCGGUCCGAAGGCGGCUAGACGAAGCUAAUCAGUUACUGUCCAAGCGUGCGCUGCCCGUUUGCUCUUCCGCAUCGCUCUGCGACCCUUGCGCCGCCUGACUCAACCCUCGGUCCAUCCGCAGCCCCCUUUUUCUUCUUCCCCUUGGGGAAGAAACGGGGAUAAAUCGGCCUUCGGCUGGUAAAAGGAAACUACGGGAGACAAUGGGGAUGCCGGACGAUUUAGCGCGAAAAUUUAGAGAGGUUAUUGGGGCGGCUUGCCGCCCCUCGAUCCGUCGACAACCCCCUGACCUGGCCGGAGGGAUCGCCGAGAACUGGCUCCGGCUAAGCUAGCUAGCUGGUUCUAAAAAAGCAAACCGUCUGGUUUGGUGAGCUCCUUUGAGGAGCCGCGAGGAGCAUCGUGGUUGUUCAGUGUCCUUUGCGACACCCGAAGGGCGACAUCCGACUCACCCCCGGGUGGUACGUUGACAACCCUGUUUUCUAGGUCCGAAAGAGAAACAAGGCGUGUUUAAAUUUAUCUUGCCUUUGGAGGAGACGAGGUACUGGUGACUGCUUGGAGUUUGAAGUGCAGAGAGGGUGGGGAGUUUUUGGCGUUGUUUGAGACAUCCUGUUCGUCCUGUUGGUGUAUAAGCAACCACUUUUUUCGAGCAGCGAAGAAAAGUGAAGCGGCUGUUGAUUAUUGACUAGAUGAUUGUAAAAGGAAGAGGACAGAUUCGGUUAGCUGAUUGAUUUUUCGGAGAUCUGUGAAUGGAGUGGCGGUUGUCCUGUACUUCUUAGACAAUGCUUUUUCUUAGAUACAGAGAAAUGAUCAAACAUCUUCGAGGUAAUGGUAAAAGCAAAAGAUGAAGUCCAGUCAAUUGCCUAAUCUUUUGGAGCUCCUGAAAGAGGUUUUUGUUCUGCACUUAUCAAUCAAGUCUUUUUCCUGAUCAAAGAGGAAUGAUCAAUCAUCUUCGAGGUAACAAUAUAAAGACAAAAGAUGAAGUCCAGUCAACUGUCUAAUUUUUUGAAAGUACUGAAAGAGGUUCUUGUCCUGUACUUAUCAGUCAAGUCUUUUUCCUGAUCAAAAAUGAACGACCAAACAUCUUCGAGGUAACAUUAUAAAGACAAAAGAUGAAGUCCAGUCAACUGCCUAAUUUUUUGAAGCUCCUCAAAGAGGCUGUUGUCCUGCACUUCUCAGGAACCUCGUUCUCCUAGCCAAAGACGAACGAUCCAAGACCUUCGAAUUGUUUCCAAAGGCAAAAAAACAAAGUCCAGUCAACAGCCUAAUUUUUUGAAGCUCCUCAAAGAGGACCUUAUCCUGCACUUCUCAAGCACCUCGUUCUCCUAGCCAAAGACGAACGAUCCAACACCUUCGAAUCGUUUCCAAAUGCAAAAAACAAAGCCUAGUUAACAACCUAAUUUUUCGAAAGACCGCAAAAGAAACAGCGGUUGUCCCACCCCCGUCACAAGUGGGUGACCUCCGCUCGCAAUAAUCUUCUUCGCCUGAACGAAAUAAUCCCAGUCUGCUAGCUAAGCCCGGAGAAGACGAGACCUCGCGAUUAGCUGGCACGGUAUUCGGGGUGGUCCGAAGAAGGCGAAGGGGCCGGGGGUUGUGUUCCAGGAAGCGCCGUGCAACUUAUGGGGGGGGGAGGUGGAAACUGUGCGCAUUCGAAGAGGGUGGUUCGCGCCUGGGGAUCAGAACGUCGUGAAUUAUUUCCGAGCCGAUCGCUAUCGAUGAUCCCCGGCGAAGUGAUUACGUUCGUCGCGAGCUCCCUGGCGAUCCUCGAGUUUCGCGGGACCUCCCGGUGGCCGGAGGGGCGGUGGAUCGGGGGGAGGGGGAUCAGGCUGAAUCUAGGCGCGUUAGGAAAAGUUUCCCGGUGUCGAACGGACCGACGAUAACGAUCUCGGAGCUUCGUUUCCGAGAAGAAGAGUAAU